AUGAAAUUUCUACAAAUAGCCCUACUUUUUACAAUAACACUAUGUUAAAGCAGAUUAUCAAUAGAUGUAUAUACAGAAUCAUUAUGUCCUGAUUGUAUGGAAUUUCUAUUGAAUUCUUUGACUGAAGCAAUUGAUACUCCAGAUAUUGAAGAAAUGGUUCAUAUAAGAGUAAUUCCAUAUGGAAAUGUUAAAAGAGUAUUUAAUUUAGCUACAGGAAAAUGGUAAUUCACAUGUCAACAUGGAGCUGUGGAAUGUUAUGGAAAUUAUGUAUAAUUAUGUGGAUAGAACAUAUUGGCAUCUAAAUAUCCUACUAAUAAUGAAAUCCUAUAAGUUUAAUGGGCAAUUUGUAUUGACAGAAGAAUAUUCAAACCUUAUACAAAUACUCGAUUUGAUGAAGCUGCUAGUCUAUGUGCAGCUGAUUUUGGUAUUUCAGGAACUGCUGUCAAAGAAUGUGCUAAUGUAUUAUUUAUUAAAAAAUUAAGGGUGAUUAAGGUUACAAAUUACAUUUAGCAGCAGCUGAAGAAACAGACGGUCUUUCACCAGCACAUUAAUAUGUUCCUUGGAUAACAACAAACAAGAGACAUAGUGUAACUGAUGAAGAUCUUAUUUUGGAAGAUUUAGUAUCAUGGGCUUGUGAAAAUUAUAAAGGACAAAAAAUUGAAGCUUGCACUACUAGAAGUGUUUGA